GUUUGGGUGCAGGGACACUGUCGACCACUAGGGGGCUGGAGAGUUAGCAGCAUGCUAGCAAAAGCUAUUGCUGUGUGAAGGAUUUAUGAACUACAUACACACUCCAUACAUUGAAAGUGAGGCCCAGUCAUGUCUCAGGUGGAGAAGAAGGCAGGUUUGCUAAGGAGGACGUCGUCCUCUAAGAAACCCCUAAAGGAGAAGGUGGUGUUGAUGUACGAUGAGAUCUUUGCAAAAGAAGACCCUGCUAAAAACAGCCCUCGCUUCUGGGAUGAGCUGUUUCUAAUGAAGGUGAACUUAGAGUACCUUGAGUCGAAGCUCGAGAGUGUCGAUGGCGAGGAGGUUCAGCGGAUCCAGGACAACAUUAACUCGCUGUUCCAUCACAGCGUUCAGGCUCUUGGAGAGGAGCAUCAGAUCAAAGUAGUCAAUGCUCUCCAGACUCUAUGUGCACUUUUUCGUGGGGUUCAUCAAAAGAACAAGUCGGCGUCUGGCUUUGACAUCAUUAAUAUGCUCAUGGGCUUUGACAAAGCCGAGCAAAGGAUGAAGGACUUAAUGGAGAGCCUGGAUAGCCUUCUUUGUGGAGAUGGUUCAGAAAGUCUAAAGAGCCUUUGUCUCAAACUUCUGCUGUGUCUGGUGACGGUAACCGACAAUAUCAGUCAGAAUACCAUCUUGGAAUAUGUGAUGAUCAAUAGCAUAUUUGAAGCCAUUCUGCAGAUUCUUUCAGAUGCGACCAGUAGAGGGCAGCAUGGUUAUGAUGCUGUGGUUCUACUGGCCCUUCUGGUCAACUACAGAAAGUAUGAGUCAGUAAAUCCAUAUAUUGUGAAGCUCUCUAUCGUGGAUGAUGAGCCGACACUGGAUGGAAUGGGCAUGGUUGUUCACCAAGCUUUAACAGAAUAUAACAGGCAGUACAAAGACAAAGAAGAAGAGAACCAGGGUGGCUUCUUCUCCACCCUCACCACUAUGGUGGGCAACAUGUUUAUAGCAGAUGCAGAUGAGAAGCUCUCAGUGCAGACCAAUGAAGCAAUUUUGCUGGCGCUGUAUGAAGCUGUGCACCUUAACCGCAACUUCAUCACUGUAUUAGCACAGAGCCACCCUGAGAUUGACAUUGUUGUGACCCCUGCCAGCCCUGCUCCAACCACACCAACAACACCACUUGGCACAACGCCACCCUCCCUAGACAUGAUGAACAACCCUGAGCUACCACUAGAUCCAAACCUGCAGACGAGCAACCUUCUCAUCACCUUCCUCAAGUACGCAUCAAUUGUAAUGCAGGACACUAAAGAUGAGCAUCGUCUGAACAGUGGCAGACUGUGCCUAAUCAUCCUCACAUGUAUAGCUGAAGACCAGUAUGCUAAUGCCUUUCUGCAUGAUGACAAUAUCAACUUCAGGGUCAAUCUACAUAAAAUGCCCAUGAGGCACAGAAAAAAAGCAGUGGACAAGAACAUCCCUUCUCGGCCAAUGGUGUGUGCAGUUCUAGAUUUGAUGGUAGAAUUUGUCGUCACCCAUAUGAUGAAAGAAUUUCCCAUGGAUUUAUACUUGCGCUGUGUUCAGAUCAUUCAUAAACUCCUCUGCUACCAGAAGAAGUGUCGGAUCAGGUUACACUACACUUGGAGAGAGCUCUGGUCAGCAUUAAUCAACCUUCUCAAGUUUCUCCUGUCAAAUGAAACCACACUGCUGUCCAAGCACAACAUUUUUCAGCUGGCUCUCCUGGUGGUAAACCUGUUUAACAUGUUCAUCACAUACGGCGACACAUUUCUGCCCACUUCCAACAGCUAUGACGAGCUCUACUAUGAGAUUGUACGAAUGCACCAAGUUUUCGACAACCUCUACUGUAUGGUGCUGAGAGUGUCAACAAACACCGGCCAGUGGAAGGAAGCUGCCAGUAAAGUCACACAUGCCCUUAUUAACAUUCGGGCGAUCAUAAACCAUUUUAAUCCGAAGAUUGAGUCGUAUGCUUCUGUGAACCACAUCUCCCAACUGUCAGAGGAGCAGGUGUUGGAGGUGGUGCGCUCCAACUAUGACACGCUGACACUCAAACUGCAGGAUGGUCUGGACCAGUUUGAGAGAUACUCAGAGCAGCCCAAAGAAGCGGCUUUCUUCAAGGAGCUGGUACGCUCCAUCAGCCUGAAUGUGAGGAAGAACGUGUCUCUGAACACGUUGAGUCAGGAUGUUCUCCUCAAAGAAUUCUCGACCAUCUCCUGAGAGUGGACGGUGUCGUCUUCAUUUCUCCUCUGCUGCCCCUCUCAGACUAUACUCUGCAAGGCUGGAAGCUCCAUCACUACGACGACGCUGGUGCGUGUGCGUGUUCUUGCACUGGUUUCUGGUUUGCAAGCUGCAAUACUGGCUGGACUGUUAACAGACAUGAAUGUUUGUAUUCCAAAUAGUACAUCGACAAUGUCUUUUUAACCUAAUGUUAGUAACUUCUGCUGUGUAAGUGAUUGAUGUGUAAUUUAUUUCUUCUCUUUGCCAUUUCUGACAAGGUGAUACUUCAUUGUCACAUUGUGUGAAAAACUUCGACUUUUUUUUCCCAUGUAGCGGAACCAUUGUGAGAACUUAGUCGCACGUUCAAUAAAAAUUCAGUAUUUUAAAUAAACACAUUUUGCUAAAUGUUGUGACCAGUGAAGAAGUGAUUAAAAAGGAAGCCGUGACAAACUA